AUGUCAGACCGGGAGAGGGACUACGAGGACGGCGAGGGCUCUGUUGACCCGGAGCUGCUCUACACAAAGGAGUACUGUAUUGGAGGAGGCAGCUUCGGCAAGGUCUACAAGGGCGUCGACAAGCGCAGCGGCCAGGCUGUUGCCAUCAAGGUUAUUGACAUCGAGAGCGCCGAAGAUGAGGUGGAGGACAUCAUCCAGGAGAUUGCCAUUCUGUCCGAGCUGCAGUCGCCCUACGUGACCAAGUACUAUGGCUCCUACGCCAAGGGGGCCGAGCUGUGGAUCGUCAUGGAGUUCUGCUCGGGCGGUAGCUGCGCCGACCUGAUGAAGCCGGGUCUGAUUGGGGAGGAUUAUAUCGCCAUUAUUGUGCGGGAGCUGCUACUGGGACUGGACUAUCUGCACUCAGAUAAGAAGCUACAUCGGGAUGUGAAAGCUGCCAACGUACUCCUCAGCGCCAACGGACAGGUCAAGCUUGCUGACUUUGGCGUGUCUGGCCAGCUCUCUGCAACCAUGACAAAGAAGAACACCUUCGUUGGUACACCGUUCUGGAUGGCACCAGAGGUGAUCAAGCAGUCUGGCUACGAUCACAAGGCAGACAUCUGGUCCCUUGGCAUCACCGCACUCGAACUGGCUAAUGGGGAGCCACCGUAUGCUGAUAUCCAUCCCAUGAAAGUCCUCUUCCUCAUCCCGAAGAACCCUCCUCCGCGGCUGGACGGUAACUUCACCAAAGCCUUUAAAGACUUCGUAGAGUCUUGUCUACAGAGAGACCCCAGGGAACGGCCAACUGCCAAGGACCUUCUAAAGCACCCGUUUAUAAGACGCGCAAAGAAGACGACAUACCUGACAGAGCUUAUUGAGCGGCAUAGCCGGUGGGCGGCUCACCAUAAGGGUGGCGAGGACGAGGAAGGCUAUGACGACGUUGGCGAGAUGGUGGUGCGCGAACCGGUGAACGAGGACAUGUGGGACUUUGGCACCGUUCGUCUGGUGGGAGAUCGGGGUGGCCUGUUGCACCGACCGGGACUCAAUGCUAUGGACGAGUCCGCGACGAAUGCGCGGUCAGCAAGAUCGUCCGAGACGUCAGACGACUACGGCGAGAGGCGGAGGGAGGCAUCUCCCACGAAGAGCAUUAUCGAUAGGGAUCGAGACACUCUCAAGGCGGCACCUCCAUCUCCUCUGACGGGCACGUCGAGACAAACAUCUCCACAGCGAAAACCGCUCCCUACGCCAAAUAUGCCGCCCUCUUCGCCGUCAAAGGUGCCUUUACCACAAUCACCUAGCAAGACGCAGCCUCGGAUUCAGGAGCCGGAGACGCCCAGGGCUUCCUCAAUGAAGCCAAUGCCGCCAAUUCCUGGUAGUCACUCACCUGAUUAUGACAGGGUCCUACAGGAGCAACUGCAAAGAGAUAUGGGAAUGAUGAACCUUGCUCCGGCGAUAAGCUCCACGCAGCUUGCUAAGGAUGCGCAACAGGAGCACCUCACGCCGCAGCUAUCACGGCAGCCCUCCAAGCUCAGCCAGAUGAAGCUGCCGGAGAUACCACCCUUCCGCGGCAGCCAGCAGCCAGUCCCCCAGCAAACAUCGCAGAAAACAGCCCAGCAGCAAACACCUGUGUUACAAGCCCAGACCAGGCCGCAACAACAAUACGCACAGCAGCAAAUUCACGCCCAGCAACAGCAACAACAGAGAUCCCUCCAGACGCAGAAUCUCAACCCACUUCCUUCAAAGGAAUCUGCACGCAGCACACCCACGGCAUCACACUCCUCGACCCCUGAGCCGCAACCAUCCACUCCGCUCUCCUUCCCCACACCAGCACCCGCGAACCCCAACGGUGAGCUGGAUGCCCUCAACGACGUCAUCUUCCCAGCCCUCGAAGAGGCUCUCAAGCGGCGGCAGAUCCGACUGCAGCAGCUGUACCGCACGGGGCCGAACGCCUCGCACCAGGGCGGCGCGAUGGCCAAUGCGCCGACGCCGAAGCAGCAGAGGGCGGAGGCUGCGCACGAGAAGAUCCGCAAGCUGGUCUACAAGCUUGCCCAUGUGUGCAAGGAGAUCGACCACUACGACAAGGCCGAGCCGGUGGGCAUGGGUAAGGACGUGGGCACGUUCCUGGAGGGCUUGCUUGAGGAGAUUCUUGUCAGGGUGGAGCCUCUUGACGAGGAGGAGGCGUAG